AAAGAAAAAUUGAGUAUGAGAAACCACACAAUGAUUACACAGUUUGUUCUCUUGGGUAUAUCGGACAGUCCAGAAACUGAGGCUGUAAUUUUUAUCUUUUUAUUUAUAACUUAUAUAUUAAGUAUCACUGGAAACCUCACCAUCAUUAUUCUCACCUUGUUAGACCCACAUUUGAAGACUCCCAUGUACUUCUUUCUCCAAAACUUCUCCUUCUUGGAAAUUACAUUCACCAGUGUUUCCAUUCCAAGAUUUUUGUGUUCAAUAAUUACUAAAGUCAAGACCAUUUCCUAUAAUAACUGUUUGACUCAAUUAUUUUUCUUCAUCUCCUUGGGUGUGUCUGAAUUUUUUCUUUUGACAGCUAUGUCCUAUGAUCGCUAUGUGGCCAUCUGCAAGCCUCUGCACUACACCACCAUCAUGAAUAAGAAAAUCUGUAACCUGCUGGUCUUCAUGUCUUGUCUGGCAGGAUUUCUGACCAUUUUCCCACUACUUAUGCUUAUUCUCAAGUUGGAUUUCUGUGCUUCCAAUGUCAUUGAUCACUUCUCUUGUGACUACUUCCCCAUCUUACAACUCUCAUGCUCAGAUACAUGGUUUUUAGAGACAAUUGGUUUUUACUUUGCCUUUGUUACUCUGUUUGUCACAUUGGCAUUGGUGAUUCUUUCCUACAUAUGCAUCAUUAGCACCAUUCUGAGAAUUCCGUCUGCCAGUCAGAGGAAAAAGGCUUUUUCUACUUGUUCAUCUCACAUGAUUGUCAUCUCCAUCUCUUAUGGAAGCUGCAUCUUUAUAUAUGUUAAGCCCUCAGCAAAUGAAAGAGCAUCAUUGACCAAAGGAGUAGCUAUUCUCAAUACUUCAGUUGCUCCAAUGCUAAAUCCUUUUAUUUACACCUUGAGGAAUCAGCAAGUAAAACAAGCUUUCAAAAAUUUAGUUUAUAACAUAGUGUUUUACAGAAACAAAUGA